GCUGGCGGCUUAUUCAAAGCUAAUAAAAUAAACCAUCUUUAUCAUGAGGCUCAAAGGUCAAAUCAACUACUCUGCAAUUUCACAUUCUUUGAUGAAGCGAUCUGAUCUGAGUGACUCUGAAUCCCUCGUAGAAAAAUGGGAGAAAACAAAACCUUUUCCCCCAAAUCCAUCAUCUGCUUCGUUUCCUCACUAAUUUCUACUGUAAUCGCAUCAUCGCCGGUGCCUCAGCCAUGGCCGCUGCAAUUCCACUCAAUUCUCGUCAUGAACAGCAGCAAAGGAGUCCUCCAAAUCGACGAUCUCUGGUACGACUUCCCCAACGGGCGAAAUUUCAACAUAAUUCAGAGCCAAUUGGGGCAAAAACUUUACAGUCUGGAAUGGAAUAAUGGAACUUCUUUUUACUAUACAUUGGAUUCUGAUAAAGUGUGCUCGAGCAAGCAAGAUCCUGUGGGAAUUCUGAGACCUAAUUGGCUUGAGGGAGCUAAUUAUCUUGGGCAGCAGUACAAGGAUGGGUUCCUUUGCAAUGUAUGGGAGAAGGCUGAGAUUGUUUGGUACUAUGAAGAUGUGAUUACCAAAACACCUGUUUACUGGUAUUUCCACACGGGGACAAUAGCACAUUUUAUGACAUUCGAGGUUGGGAGAGUACUCGAGGAUCCAAACUGGCAAGCCCCUGUCUAUUGCUUUGAAGAGUCUAAUGAGCAAAACAAACCAGCACUUGAAAUAAUAGCUACAUGGAAUUUGAUGAGACAACUCCAGAGCAUUCCUGCUUCUCUGAAAGUUUACUUAUAAGUUUCUUUUAGAAUAAAUACAUUUUUAUAGCUUAAAAAAUAAGUAAUUACUUCUGUCUAAGGGUCCCUUCCCUUCUCUUCUUGCCACCUAUGUCUAUUCAAGGAAUUACUAUAUGAAAUAAAUUGAAGUGAUGAUAACAUGAUUUUUGUAAAAGAGACUUCCGUUUAUAAGGACAAUAGAUUUCUUAUA